AGCCCGGGGGUUAUACGGACAGACACAUAUAUUGUCGUUUGGUGAUCAUGUUCCUGUUUCCAGGUCACAAGCUCCGGCCACAGAGUCACAUAAAUCUGAUUUGUUAGAGCACUCCCCGGCGGUGCCCAAGACGGGACUGAAGGGCGGACAGCAAGGAAGGAAAAAGAGGAGUGGGAGGGGAAAGAGGGAGGGAGAAAAAUAGGUAGAAGGAGGAGGGUACGGGAGUGAGCGGCGGCGUAUGUCGGACAGGUGGGACGGCACCUGCGAGCAGAAGCGCAGUGACUACGCAGCGCUGCGGCUUUACGGAGGCGCUCUGCGGACGGAGGCACCGCGCUCGGCGCUUCGGCUCUCUGCACGCCCCCCCGCCUCGCCCCUGCUCAUGGCCAUGUGCGGCCGGCGCUGACCCAUGGGCCGCUCGCCCUCCUCCCUGUCCACGCUGAAGCUGGGCAAGCUGAAGGUGGUUCGGCGCCAGCUACUGCAGCACUACCAACAUCAGCCCUGCGUCUCCUGUCUGGCUGGCCUCUAUGGCUGCCAGUGGAAACGGUACCAGCGGGCCCGGGCCCAGCCUGGAGAGUGCUGCUGCAGCAAGCUGGAGUGUGGCAGCGUCGGACUCAUCCUGGUGACGUUUUGCAUGACCCUGGUGCUGCUGUAUUUCUGGAGCGAGGCUAAGAAUGACUACAAUGACUUUGACUGGCUCACUUUUGGGGCACUGGGCUUCUGGUUCCCCUGGUCACUGGUCGUGCUUGCCAUAGCAGCUGUGCUCUUUGCGUACAUCGCCACCCUGCUGGUGCUGGCAGUUUGCUUGCUCACCAAGGGGCAGAGGCUGCACCUCCACUGGGGCCAUAAGCUCGGCAUCCUGCUGACGCUCUCCAUCUCCAUCAGCGCCACCGUCGUGCUGUCGGACCUCUGGCGCCAGGAAUGGACGACGCUUCUCCUCUCUCUCCAGGUCACUGCUCCGUACCUCCACAUGGGUGGAGUCACCCUGAUGACGCUCCUGUCCUGGCCAGUAGCCUUUCACUUCUUCCGCAUGAACAAAAGAGUACGGCAAGCGAUGAUUCUGGCCCUGUACCUGGCGAUCCUCUUUGCCCUCUACCUGGUGCCCCUGGGCAUGUACUCGCCCUGCAUUAAGGAACAGGGCACCCUCAGACCCCCACCUGCCCUGAUUGGACACAGGGGAGCCCCCAUGCUUGCACCAGAGAACACACAGAUGUCCUUCCAAAAGGCUGUGGAGGCUGGAGGAGAAGGCCUGGAGACCGACGUCGUAAUCAGCUACGACGGUGUGCCCUUCCUCAUGCAUGACACCACGCUGAGGAGGACCACUAACAUCCAGGAGGUGUUCCCCAACCGCACGUCAUCCUUGGCCUCCAUGUUCACCUGGAGUGAAGUGCAGCAGCUCAAUGCCGGAUCGUGGUUCCUCUCGCGUGACCCCUUUGGGACUGCAUCUUCUCUGGACCUGGAUGACCAGGCUUGCGCCCGUAACCAGUCAAUUCCCACACUGAGGGACUUCCUGGACUUGGCUGCAGACCAUGGGACUCUAGUCAUCUUCGACUUGCAGCGGCCACCCAAGGGCCACCCAUAUCACGAUACCUGGAUCAACCGUACCCUGGAGGUCGUCCUUAAUGAGUCCUACAUCCACUCCAGCCAGGUGCUCUGGCUGCCGUCAGAGGAGAGGCAGCUGGUACACGAGUUGGACCCAGAGCUGCAGCAGACGUCAGGGAGCUGGGCUUCGCUGGACGAGCUGCAGGAAGACAACAUUGUGAAUCUCAACCUGCACUAUAGCUCCAUGUCACAGGAGCAGAUCCACAAAUACGCGUCUGUGAACAUCAGCACCAACCUCUAUGUGGUCACUCAGCCCUGGCUCUACUCACUGGCCUGGUGCGCUGGGGCGCAGUCCGUCACCAGCAACGCCGUGCACGUGCUGAAGGCACUACAGCGCCCCCUCUUUCUCAUGACUCCGAAACGCUACAUCCUGAUGUGGACCCUUACCGACGCUGCGUCUGCUGCGCUCAUCCUGCUCGUAUUUGUGUUCCACUGGUGGCAAGACAGGGGCCUGCCUUUCUGGUCAGACAGCAGACAGACAAAUGAGAAGGGACCUUACAGCAAGUUCCGCACAGAGCUGAGUGACGUGUGGUCCGUCUCCAGCGUCAGCGUUCGGGGGGACUUGCGGAGUCAGCCGGCCACUCCCAACCUGGCCACCAUCGCGGAGGAGGCCACAGUCAGAGCAAGCAGGCAGUGAGCAUGUGGGAGCCUUCCUCCUCCUCCUCCUCCUCCUCCUCCUGUACGCCCAUCGAAAACAAUCUUUCACAUGCUCUCCAGCCUAUAAGUGGUGGUCAUGUGACCAGAACUGGCCAUGGACAAGUCUGGCUUUUCCGGCAGCAACCGAGGGAUCCUCAAGCACACCAGCACAGCAAAGGAAGCUCUAUUUCCAUAAGUGAUUUUUCAUUUGCUGUCACUCCCAAACUCAGCCAAACUGCUGGUAUCCAUGGUAACGUCACCAAACCUUCAGAACCCUCUUUCGAGGCUACCAUUCUUAUCAUGUCACUGUGGGAAGACCACUGUCCCAGAGAUGCUCCCAGUCGUCUACCAUGCAGUCUAAGGGCGCCCCCUAGUGCCCAGUCACAUUGCUGCUUUGUAGUUUAAUGCUUAUUAUCUGAGCAUGUGCUGUAACAUGACAUCACAAUGUUCAAAUAUAUCAAUCUGUUUUUGUCAAAUUAAAUAUUUACUGCACACAGCAGCCAUUAA